AUGCCCACAGAUAAGACACAGGUCAAAACAUUCUAUCCUAAAACUCCGGUGGAGUUUAGCUCUUCGCUUUUGGCGGAGCUCGAUAACACAAACGAAUCAAAUUAUACUAGACAACAGUACGUAAAGCAAUACAUUGAAAAGGAAGUUGCCGAAAGACUCAAGGAGCUGGAAUCCGAUAAAAGAGUCAAAUUUGAUGACGCUUUGAAGAAAAGUCUUCUCAAAUCCAAUAAGGAUACAGACAAUGUCGUCUCUGUUGCAUCCCUAAAUGGAAAGUUGGAUCAGACCUACACUAAGCUAAAGGCUUUAAAUGAAUUCCAUCCAAUGAGGACCCCUCAGGUCGAAAAGGCGGAGAAAAAAGUGGCCUCAUGCUUGAAGAAUCAUAAAGGAGAGCCUCUAAAUUGUUGGCAACAAGUUGAACAGUUCAAGAAAUUAGCUAGUAGCUUAUAA